AUGGCAAAGGGAUGCUCCAGCAACAACUACGAAGAAGCUAGAAAACUAAGACUUGAAGAGAAUAAGAAGAGGUUUGAGGAUUUAGGAAUUUCAACAAUAUCGAAAAAGUUGACUGAAAUCGCAAGUCCAGCAAAGAAGUCUGCGAAUCGUCUUUACACACCAAAAUCAAAGGCUAUUGUUGUAGUGGAACCCAGGCGUUCUUCUCGUGCAAGGAACCCGGUUCCUUCGUAUAGUGAAGAGUUCUGCACAGACCUUCCAAAUCACUGGAAGAGGUCGAGGUCGAGGUCAAGGUCGAUUCCGUCAUCAUGGGAAAGUUACAUUGCAAGGCCACUAGACGAAAUCAAAGAAGCUACAAGUCAAGAAAGAAGUCAUGCUUUGGAGGCUGCAGAGGCACUCCUAACCAAUUUGAACUCUUCGAAACCAUCUUUUAUAAAGUCUAUGGUCCGGUCCCAUGUUUAUAGCUGUUUUUGGUUGGGUCUACCUAGUAGAUUUUGUGAGGAAUAUCUUCCGAAAACAGUGUAUAACAUGGUUUUAGAGGAUGAAGAGGGAUCAGAAUACAAGGCUAUUUACAUUGGCAGUAGAGCCGGGCUUAGUGGUGGCUGGAGAGCAUUUGCAUUGGAACAUAAGUUGGAUGAUGGUGAUGCACUAGUUUUUGAAUUGGUUGAACCAGCAAGAUUUAAGAUUUAUAUUGUUAGAGCAUUUCCAGAUGCAUAUGAAGAAGAGAAAGAAGAAGAAAAUGACACUUUGAUGGAAGAAGAAAAUAUGCACACAUCGAAAGCAAAAAAAGAAACUAAAGCUGCCAAUAAUCGCAAAUCAGAACCAAAGACUAAAAAGCAAAAAUGUGCCAUUGUAUGUGAAACUAAGGAAUCAAAGAGUUCUGAAGAAAGUCUGUUCGAAAGUAGCAUUGAAAAAGAUGUUACACAACAGAGGGCAAAUCCGAGUAGAAAAACUAAAUCAUCUCAGAAAAAAAUGCCAAAGAAGUCAGAACUACCUACUCCUCCUGAUUCUGAAGCAAAAAUUGAAACACCAAAACCAAAUGCAACUACUGUAAGGAACACUAGAUCUUCUCAGAAAAUAGUGCAAAAGAAAUCUGAAGCAUCUACUACUCUUGAACCGAAAGAGGAAGCACAAGUUGAAACUACGAAGAAAGAACUUGUUGAGCAUGAUGAUAUUAAGUUAAAGAAAGUUAAGUCAGUUGGAAGAUCUCGAAAAAACCCAGUCUCUAAAUAA